AUGUCUCUUUUCUCCAAAGGCUGGCAUAAGAUUCACUUCUCCGUCGGCCGAGAGUACAUCGAGAUAUACCUUGACUGUAAACCUGUGGAAUCAAUAGCAGUUAAACAGCCCCGGGCCAAAAUUGAUACCGAUGGUGAAAUCAUAUUGGGCACGCGAGAACCAGACGGUAAUACUGUACCUUUUGAACUCCAGUGGAUGGUGCUUCAUUGUGAUUACCAAAAACCGGAACGUGAAACGUGCGACGAAAUACCAAAGCCCCCACCCGGAAAUAAACCUGAACCGAACACCCUACAGGUAGAGGCAUAUGUGACAACCAAGGCGCACCCCAUUAUACACUGGUUUUGCUUUUAUUUCUUGCACUUUUUUUCUUCACUUUCUUUCUAUUUCUUUCUCAUUUUAUGCGACAUUAAUUCUUCCAUUUUCUACGCUUCAAAAAAAGAAGGACCACGAGGCUUCAACGGCAGUAAUGGUCUUCCUGGUCCUCCCGGUCAAAACGGCGAGGAUGGACUUCCAGGGCCAAUCGGCCCCGAAGGACGCAGAGGAAUACCUGGGCCUCAGGGUGCAGAUGGAGCUGAUGGAGCACCGGGCAAACCUGGACCCCAAGGACUUCCAGGACCAACAGGUGAAAAGGGAGAAAACGGAUUACCUGGUUUUAUCGGUCGAGAUGGUAUCGAUGGAGAAAAGGGUGAAUCUGGUGAACCCGGACGAGAUGGUAUCCCUGGACCCAAAGGUGCAAAGGGUGAACAAGGAGAGACUGGUGAACCCGGGGUUCAAGGAGUUCCAGGUUUUAAAGGAGAACCAGGUAUUGGAGAACCUGGUCUGUUGGGAUUACCAGGCGAGAAAAAAGCGAACCGGGAAAUGACUACCCUUGUUUUUGUUUUUUUCGGGAUUGGUGAACCGGGUGUGCCUGGAAGAGAUGGUGACCAAGGAUUGAAGGGAGAAGACGGCAGACGAGGUUCACCUGGCCCCAGAGGCUUCCGAGGACAAAAGGGUGAACGCGGAAGACAUGGAAAAGACGGCAAAGACGGAGCUAGAGGACUUCCCGGUCCUCCUGGUAUCAUCGGCGAUAACAAAAUUGAAUACGUACCCGGUCCCCCCGGCUUACAAGGUGUCCAAGGUCUUCCUGGUGUACCCGGUGUACCUGGACUUAAGGGUUCAAAAGGCGAAGAGGGAAGAGAUGGCACAAAAGGUGUUAAGGGAGAGCGUGGAGUAACUGGACCAACUGGUAAAGAGGGAAAUAAAGGGCGUCAGGGAGAUAUUGGAGAAAAGGGCUCCAAAGGAGAAAGAGGAUCGAAGGGCGAAUCGGGACGAGAAGGUCCACGUGGCCCACCUGGAAAUACGGGACAAAGAGGAGCUCGGGGGAAAUCUGGAGACAGCGGUCAACCUGGACCCAAAGGAGAUCGAGGAGACCCAGGCUUGAAGGGUCCACCCGGUCAACCCGGUAGCAUUUCCGCAAAAGGAGGGAUGGAAAUAGGUGUAUUUCUCUCUCUCUCUCUCUCUCUCUCUCCCUCUCAUUUAAUCACCGUUUCUCUCUCUCUCUCUCAUUUAAUCACCGUUUUCUUUCUCUUUCUCUUCCCUAUUUUUUUUCCUCUUUUCAUUAUCUCGCUAUCUGUCUCUCUCUCUCUCUCUCUCUCUCAUUUAAUCACCGUUUCUCUCUCUCUCUCAUUUAAUCACCGUUUCUCUCUCUCUCUCUCUCAUUUAAUCACCGUUUCUCUCUCUCUCUCUCUCUCUCUCUCUCUCUUUUAA